UUUGGUACUUUUGUGCCGCUCGUUCAUUAUGCUCAAUUGCUAUUUCUCCCUAAGCAAUACUACCUAGCAUCUCUUCCGCUAAUGCAUGCUCCUGCCAAAACCAUACCCUUCUUCGCAUCCCUCCUAGAUCAAUGCUCCUCCACCAAAUCCCUCCAAAAACUCAAACAAAUCCAUGCAAGGACCAUCCACCUUAACAUUUCAAGCCACUCCUUUAUCCGGACCAAACUUCUCUCUGCCUACGCCUCAUGUUCCCAAAUGCGCGAAGCCCAUGUCCUCUUCUUAUUCUUCACUUCUCGCCAACCUACUUUCCUCUACAACUCGCUCAUCAGAGCCUACACUUCUCUUAACCAAUUCUCUCAAUCCCUCUCCAUUUUUCACCACAUGAUCAUUGCUCAAAAGCCCUUUGACGGUUUCACCUUGCCUCUCGUUCUUAAAUGUUGCGGUCAGUUAUCUCAUGUUACGCUUGGAAGACAGCUCCAUGGAGCUGUCUUGGUUCAUGGGUAUUCGUCGGAUUUGGCGAAUAACAAUUCUUUGAUUAGUAUGUAUGGGAAAUGUGGUGAACUGCAGUGCGCGAGGAAAGUGUUUGAUGAAAUGCCUGUGAAAACUUACGUGUCGUGGUCGGCGUUGAUGACGGGGUAUGAGAAGCUCGGGAUGGCGUGGGACGUGUUUGCUUUGUUUGAAAAAAUGGUGGAGAUGGGAAUGGAGGUUGAUGGGGUGACUUUGACUACGGUUUUGACUACGUGUAGUCGUGAGGGGAUGGUGGAAAAAGGGAAGGAGGUUUUUGAGAUGAUGGAGGACAGGUUUGGAGUGAAGCCUGGCUUGGAGCAUUAUACAUGUAUGGUGGAUAUGUUGGGGAAGGCGGGAUUGGUGGAGGAAGCAGAGGAGUUGGUGAUGGGAAUGGAGUUGGAGAAAGAUGAGGCUUUGUGGAAUGCUCUGUUGGUAGCUUGUCGGAUUCAUGGGAAGGUGGAGGUGGCUGAAAGGGUAGAGAGAAGAUUUCUGGGACGAGCUUGAAUGUAGCUUUUUGAAUUCUCUUUGAUCUUUGUGUUGGUUACCACCUUGGCCUGGAUAGGAUUGUUAUUGCUGGGCAAGCUAUGCCUUGAUGCAGAUAUUACACAUUGAACCUAGGUGUUCAGGCAAAUAAUUAUACAGUUAAAAGUGCUUUCUCACUCACUGGUAGUGGAAAUGCAAGGGAUGGUGACAUCAAAUCUGAUACUUAAUCGAUGCUGGUUUGCCUUUCAUAUAUAUGUCAAUUCAGGCCCUGCAAGCGCAAACUCGUUUUUCUGAUGUGGGUACUAGAAGCCAUUAGACCAGUGAUGAGGCAUUGAGGCCGUAAGAAUUGCAGGCAAGGUUUUGUCUUGGAUUUUGGAUUUUUUGGGGAGAACCUAACAUUGUGAAGAUAGUCUCCUUAAAUUGUGCAGGGCUCACUAGUUCACCUGGGAUGGUUUUGUUUCUUCAGGGAACCUCUUGAUAGCAAAAUUUUCAGUACUUGUAUCUUUGUGUUGUUACAAAAUUACCGCCAUGCACUUGUGCUCCUCGUAAAUAAACAUAGAUAUGCUCUCAACCAUAACUGCAUGAGUAGGUGGAAUCUUUCUCUGGUUAAAGCUACUUAGUUCUACCAUUCAUCCCCAAGCCAAUUUGGCAGCUGCUUGCAAACGAGAGGUGAAAAGGAGUCGCCUUUGCAAUCGAAAACACAGCCUACAUCCUUAGUGCAGCAGCAUCAUUGCUCCAGCUUCAAACACGCUUUUCAUUUGGUAAAGCUUGGAGUAAGACAAUGGCAUUUUGCUAUUCUCUGUUUCAAGAAGGGGGGAAGUUUCAUAAAGUGGCAUCAUAAGUUGAGUUUCUCCAUGUAAUCAAAGUAUUAACGCAUCUUACAAUUGACAUAUAAAAUAGAAUGUGACGCUUUUCUCCGUCUUUAUUCAUCUUCCAAAGAUCAGAACAAUAUAUUGGAUCAAGAACUUCUGCCUAGCCUACUUGUGCUGACCCGUCAAUAAUAAGUUUGAUGCCCAUGGAGUGCUAUAGCUUUUAACCUUUUAAUGUUUUAUUCUCUUGGUGCCUUAUUCUCUUAAUAAAUAUGUAGCUGUAGAUGGUUUCUCGGGUCUUUUAUGAAGUAUCUGUGUUCAUGCUUUCA